ACAUUGAUAUAGAAUAUAUCAUUAAUUAUUAAAUAAAACUGAGAGAGAAAAUUAUUAGCUGCAAAAAUAAUAAUUUUUUGCGAUAUCAUAUCGAAAUGGAAGAAGCGCGAACUCUUGAAUGGAAAUUUAUUUUUUCACUUUCUCGCGGAGUAUUUAUUGUUAGUCGCGUUAACCGCGACUUGACAAUUGUUAAUAGAGUUAUAAUAAUUAUAUAGUAAAUUUUACAUACUUAUAAGAAUCGUAUCAUACAUGCUUGUUCGUUGUUACUCUUCAUUUUGUUCCCGAUGAUAAUAGGAAUACACAACGGAUUUUAAUUAUAAAAUGAUUUAUCCUCGGUUUUUAUUUCGUAAAUGCGUGGCUUGCACAUCGUUGAAGGUAUAUUCGGCAAAUAUUCUUGGGAUCCGAUAUUCUGUGCAUAAAGUAAUUUGUGGUCUAGUGUUCUUUGGAAGUCGGCAGGUACCGCGACGUAGUGCGAUGGUGGGAGCCGAGCAAGCGGUGGUUGUGCGUGCAGCGGAAGAAAUCUCCCACCCUCUCGGUGAUCGCGCGCUGGAUCACGCUACUCGACCUGUCUCCACCUUAUACUCUCUCCGCGGUAUACCGGGAGCACCUCUGUGUGGUAGCUGAGUUAAAAGUCGGCAUUGUCAGCCAGCCAACCAGCCAGCCAGUCAGUCAGCUAGCUAGCCAGCCAGUCCACCAAGCGGUCAACUCGAAGAAAACAAUUCUUACGUACGCACCGUACGUGGUGCACACACCGGUCUUAUAAUGGCCAGGCGCGGUGACCGUUUUGGUACGAUAAAAGUCGAGGGCAGCCUUCGGGUGUUCUUGCGCCGGUUCGAGAAGAGCUGAGAAAAAAAAGAAGAGGGAGAGGAACGGGUUCUCCAGUGCCAGUGUGCAGUCUAGUCGAAGACACAGGAUGAUAGCGAACGUCCGAUGAGCAUCCUGCUUCCCGUUGCCUUCCUGCCAAAGAAAGAAUCAGAGAAAGAGAGAACGAACACCUUCGCGGGUGAUUGAGCUUACAGCCACCUCCAUCCUUCCUCCACCACCGCGUGAGAAGAAGAGAUGCCGAAACGAGAGGAAAUGUCUACCAGUCGAGAAUCGCAGGGAACUUGCACGCAGUCUCAUUGCGUCAUGAUAGAAAAAAGCAUAUCGAUGAGAAGGAAGGCGAGAAAAACGAAAAUGAUCCCGCCGGACGGUGGAUGGGGCUGGGUGGUGCUCUCUUCCGCCCUCGUCGUCAACUUCCUUAUCCCGGGUACUGUCAAAUCCUUCGGCGUACUCUUUGUCGAGUUUCUACACGUCUUCAAGGCAUCCUCCACGGCGGCUUCCUGGAUGCCGGCGCUAUGUUACUUUCUGUACAGCUCGUUAGGUCCUUUAUCUAGUGUUCUAUCAACCAAGUACUCCUAUAGAAGUGUGACUCUCAUCGGGGGCACCUUCGCAGCCAGCGGGAUGAUGUUGAGCUACUUUGCCAAUUCGGUUACUUAUCUUUAUGUCAGUUAUGGACUUAUGGUCGGGAUCGGUGCUGGAUUAACAUUUCCACCGACGGUUUAUAUCGUUACGCAGUACUUCGAGAGGCUACGAGGGGUAGCGAACGGUUUAUGCAUUUCUGGCAGCGCGAUUGGCACUAUAGUGCUACCGCCGUUACUGCAAUAUCUGCUGGACUGCUUCGGAUACAGAGGAGCGGUACUCAUUAUGGGCGGAAUCACGCUGAACACGCUAGUGUGCGGUUUGCUCUACCAUCCGGUCGAACAGCAUAUGAAAAUCAUAUAUCUAGACGAAGGCAUUGAUAAUGAAGCACUGACUCUCGAUGAAUCUAUCGACGGAAAACAAAUGCUGGCUGAGAAAACAGAAAGUGAUUUAAAAUACGAUUCAAGUCUCCAAACUGCUUACAGUAACGACAAGCUCUCGCAUAAUGUGGUGCUAGAGUCAAUUAACGAAAAGGCAUCGUACGACUCUGAGAAGAACGAUCGGAGAACUGACACAAUUCUUAGAUUACAAUCUGAUGUCUCUAAUGAGGAUAUGAUCUCUCGAACGCGGGAUGAGAUUUCGCAAGAGGAUAUUGCGAACGAAAUUUGCUUGACAACCCGUCCAAGUCUCACGAAGAAAGAUGAAGACGAUUUGGAUGAUAUGCAGAUUUCACCGCGACGAGACAGCACUAUUGUCGAAGAAAACUGCAAAUUGCAGUUCGAUUCUUCAAAAAUCGCGGACAAUUCUAAGGAUGACAAUAAUAAGAAGUGUGCAGAAGAAUCUAAACAGGAUGAUGCGUGCUCAAAAUCGGCGAAAACAUCGGUGGAGAAGCUUGAUAAGUCCGAAAAGAUACGUUUCUUCGACCUGAGCGUGUUGAAGGAUCCUAUUUAUUUGGUGAUCCUGAUUUCCAACACCACGUCGGCCAUCAGUAAUACGAAUUUCAUGAUACUGUUGCCGUCUUAUGCGAUCGCCGAAGGUUUCGACAAGCAUUCGUCGGCUCUGCUCCUGUCGAUAGUCUCCGCGUUGGAUCUGGUCGGCAGGAUCAGCGGCGCGUCUCUGUCCGACAUCGACUUUGUCCCAAAAUAUUAUUACUUCGUGGGCGGACUCGGCACCAGCGGUAUCGCCCUGGCAUUGCUACCUAUGGCGACCAGUUAUGCCAUGCUAUCCUUCUUCUGCGCUCUCUUCGGCCUAUCUUCGGGCAUGUACAUCGGCAUCACAACGGUCAUUCUGGCAGAUAUGCUGGGAACUGAGAAGCUCAGCUCGUCUUACGGAAUAUCGUUGUUCGUUAAUGGUGUUCUGCAACUCGUCGGGCCGCCCGUAUGCGGAGUUAUCUUCGAGAAUGUGCUCUCGUAUAAGCCCAUCUUUUUAGCCUUCGGAAUCAUCUUGAUUCUGGGCACCGCGCUCUGGGCGGCGGUACCGAUCAUCAAGAGAAACAGUAAAAAGAAUCUAGAAGCAACGUAAAGUUUUACCGACGCUUCGAGCAAGGUUUUGAUGAACCGAAAUAAGCGAAGUAUCAUAAAAGACUUUUUUGGACUACAGUCACACGAGAAUCUUUUUAGAAUUUUAUAUUCUGAAAGAAAUUCAAGGGUUCUUAGAUACAUGAAAUAACGAACGUUUGAAUUCAUUGCAUCUAGCGAAUUUGAUAUAUAUAUUUCUUGAAAUAUAUAUUCUAAGAGGAGAAUCUUUAGAAAAAUUUUCAUAUGAUAUAUUAAGUUUGAUAUCAAUGAAUCUCCAACUUUCAUGUGUAUAUAAUUAUUUGCACAAUAGAUAUUUAUCACGACAAAUAUUCUGCGAUUCAUGCCAUUAUUACUUAAGAUUAUUAGGUGAAAACUGUAAAGUAAUGAAGGCUUGUAUAAACUGAAUAGCUACAAAUAGUGCAAACACAAUUUUUAUAUUCUAUCAAUUAUAUGUUGCUCGAAAUAAAAUAAAUUUUAUCUCUCAAA